AUGGCCAAGGCCAACGCUCUUGCUGCGAUGUUUAUACCUCUUUUGAUUCUCACCAUUCUGUCGCCUUUGGGCGCUGCCACAAGCGCCUGCAAUUCGUCCAUGGUCAACUGCCUGCCUUCUUGCAAGACCUCCUGCAGGACCGCCAAGUGCCUUUACCAGUGUCAUCGCGAUACCAAUAUGGAGCUUAUGAAGUUAUCUAUUACCCCACCUGGGGGCCCCAGCCUUGAUGCUUUCUAUGCUGCGGUCGCCAAGCUGGUGAACUUUAUUGACGAUAACGCGGUCGUGCGUAUUGAACCACUCGGCAUAUACCGGGGCAAGGAGGAGGUUGCUGACUACGUGGCAACUUUCGUGCACCCAUUGGGCCCGAGCACCCGCUCCCGCAUAAACGCAAUUGAAAUGACGCAUUUUGCGAAUACAGGCAACGUGUCCGCGACCACCUUCAACUUGAUGUACUAUCUGGCCAGUGAUCCGACGCAGCGCAUUACCAACCUUACCAUUAUCAUGUUCAACUACCAUGACAACGUCACCCAGAAGAUUAUAAAGGGCGACUGGAACUUCGUGCGGUUGCCCCAGAUGCAAGAGGAGCUCGUGAAACCCGAUCCGCGUGUCUCGGACACCAUGUCGGCCACCAUAGUCAGGGCUGUCUGUGCCAUCCACGAGCAAUUCCUUUGCCCUAGAGGGGCUCACCUGGCGCAGCUGAUAGCGCUCAUGGUCGGCCUUCGCCGACUGGGUGCGCAUGGUAUUCCCUGGGCUCGCCAUACAUUCCGGGGCCAAAUGGAUCACAUGAUUACUGAGCCGUACUGUCUGUCGCAGGUGUGCCGGCCACAGGGCUACGCUGGGUACGACAACGUUACGGACUGCCUGACUUUCAUGUCAUCGAUCCCACGUAUUGCGGUGUACGGAAUACAGGGUAACAACCAGUACUGCCGCUUCCUGCACAUGGCGUAUGCUACUGUCGAACCUAAGGUGCACUGCCCACACAUCAGCAAGACGGGUGGCGGUGUGUGUGUAGACCCGGUGUACACCGACUAUUACAAGGUAUUCGCCUCUGGCACCUUCCUGGGGAAGCUUUAGUUAGUAGGGGCGAGGGAGUAAUAAUGCCAGAUCUGUGGGACACAGGCAGCAGGCAGACACAGGCGGCGGACUGAGAUCAAGCUGCCAAAAUUGCAAUAUGCUGCUUUGUGCGCCCAUCCACGCUGGUGUCAAGGACACACACAGCAGCCUUGUAAGGCAUCUCUUAUUAACAAAGGGAAAUGAUGUGCAAAGGGCGACGAUGUCAGGCCGAGCAGAAAGGGCGUCUAUAGUGCUGAUGCUGGCUAAUAUGCAUGAUGGAUGACCCCUGAUUGUGUAGGUUCAUAACGGAACGCACAUCAUCAGUAGCUAGUGGUCCAUUGCGUCACUCGCCGGUGUUGUGAUGUAUGUAUGUAUGUAUGUAUGCAUGUAUGUAUGUAUGUAUGUCGGUCUCAUUUGCAUGACGCAAAGAAUGUACUUCUUACUUUGUAUUGUGAGGUGAGGCUGCGGACUGCGAGAUGGGAUCUCGCUCCCGUUAUGUUGGGUAGUUUAUUGCGCCACAGCUAGCUAGCUGCCUGGCUCACAGCUCCAUCUUGUUGCCCCUUCCCAUCAUGUCACCAAAACCAUCAUCAUCACCAUGAUGGAUAACGAUAACAGACACAUUUUCAUAUAUGUGUGUAAUAUUUACGGCCU